AUGGAGUGUCACACAGCACUUCUCCGAAGUGAUGGAAAUGCUGCGGCUUGUGGAAGCAACGGGGGUGGACAAUGCAUCAUUCCACCAUUGGUUGAUGGAAUUUCAUAUACCCAGGUUUCUGCCGGCCAAAAUCACACAGUACUUCUCCGAAGUGAUGGCAAUGCUGUGGCUUGCGGACAGAAUUCGGUUGGACAAUGCACCAUUCCACUGUUGGAUGAGGGAAUGUCAUAUACCCAGGUUUCUGCCAGUCAAGAUCACACAGUACUUCUCCGAAGUGAUGGCAAUGCUGUGGCGUGUGGAAGGAAUUGGUCUGGACAAUGUGCCAUUCCACCAUUGGAUGACGGAAUUUCAUAUACCCAGGUUUCUGCCGGCGCCAAUCACACAGUGCUUCUCCGAAGUGAUGGCAAUGCUGUGGCUUGCGGAGAGAAUUCGUAUGGAGAAUGCACCAUUCCACUGUUGGAUGACGGAAUGUUUCUGCCGGCGCCAGUCACACAGUACUUCUCCGAUGUGAUGGCAAUGCUGUGGCGUGUUUCUGCCGGUGAAGAGCACACAGUACUUCUCCGAAGUGAUGGCAGGGCUGUAGCUUGCGGAGGGAACACUACUGGACAAUGCAACCUUCCGACUCCUGAUCCAGGGACAUGGUACGUUGCAGAUGUGUCAGUUGGUCAAAUCCUUGUGUUACAACUAGAGUGCGCUCGUCAAGAUGAUGCUAUGCUGCUGACUUGCUCCGGUCUCACUGGAAUCGAAACGAUACGUUUGAAUGCCAGUCCAUCUGAUCCUGCCUGGAAUACGCAGAAACGCAUCGCGCGUGAAUUGCAGGUUCCACUCCAAAGUCUUCGAGUGGUCUUACCUGACGGACAGUUGUUGGCCGCAGUUUGCCAGGCAAAGCCAGGGGCCAGCCUUGCAGAUGUCAGUGAAGCUCGAAAGCUUCGGUGUCUCGGCUAGCUUCGAAUCGGACAGAAUUGGAUGG